AAAUUUUACGAAAUAAACGCAUUUUUUGUUUGGCUGCUUGUAUAUUCGCUGUUUUCUUUUCUUAUAGUUUUCUUGAUUUUUGUAUGAUAUUAUAGUUUUUUCUCAAAUAGAAAUGGAAUAGAAUUGUGUCGAAUAUGGAAAGUUAUGUCGUGUUAUCUUUCAUUGGCGAAGGAUCGUUUGGGCGUGUGUUCAAAGCUAAGCACAAGGAGACCGAUGCUGUUGUUGCUUUAAAAGUUAUACGAAAGAAAGGGCGUUCAUCAAAAGAUCUGAAAAAUUUGAGACAAGAAUGUGACAUACAAAGGCAGUUGGACCAUCCGAACAUAAUUCGCAUGAUUGACAGUUUCGACACUGAUACUGAGUUGGUGGUGGUGACAGAAUAUGCUGAGAAGGAGUUGCACAGUAUUCUGGCGAAAGAAGGGUGCUUGAACGAGGAGCAAGUGAGGAAAAUAACUUGGGACCUGGUGUCAGCCUUGUACUAUUUACACUCUCAUAGAGUGCUCCACAGGGACUUAAAACCACAGAAUGUAUUGCUGGAUAGUUUGGGACGAGCAAAGUUGUGUGACUUUGGCCUGGCCAGGAUAAUGACUAAUGCCACUCACAUCCUCACCUCCAUCAAAGGCACUCCAUUGUACAUGGCUCCUGAACUCAUUGAUGAGAAGCCUUACGAUCAUCAGGCUGAUCUGUGGUCUCUCGGGUGCAUAGUAUAUGAGUUGAUGGCAGGCCAGCCUCCGUUCUGCACCAUGUCAAUAUGGCAACUAGUCCGCAUGAUCAGACUCAAGCCCGUACAAUGGCCUAGCUUUAUUAGCAUGGAAGCUCGCUCCUUUCUACAGGGUUUACUCCACAAGGAUCCAAUCAAAAGAAUGAGCUGGCCAGAGAUAUUGCAGCAUCCAUUUGUCUCUGGUCACAUUCUAAUAUUGCCAGAGGAUGUCCAAAGUGAAUCACCAUUUACAAAGCCACUAACAUACAGUCAGCAAGAGGCUAAACAGUUGCAAAAGGAGAAAAUUUGUAAUAACGCCAGGGCCAUGAAAUUAGAAGGUGGACCAGUAAAAGCAGAGACGAGAGAGCACGAUUUGCGAAACGUACGAGGGGUAAUGCAGGGUAUGGAAUGCGUCCCGAUGUCUGAUGAUGACAGCAUCCGCGCUACCAGCGCUUUUAGCGUCCGAGACAGUCUCAAAACUGAUGACGAAGAUCAAUCGCACCCUAUCACGGCAGCUAACGCUAAACUACUCCGCCACGAAUACAAUGUCAUGAACAAUUCCAAUUUAGUUGUGUGCAAUUUAGAAAAUAAUAUGGCGCAGCUCAUGGCAACUAAUAAGAAACAAAAUGAUGCAAAUUCAAACAAAAUGGAUAAAAUUGUUGAAGAAAAACAUGCUGAAAAACCAGUGGAGGAAAUAAAACCAGAAGCUAAUGAUAAGAAAGAUGUUAUUGAAGUGAAACAGAAACCGAAAUCUGUAGAAACGGCGUGUCAUAGUAUGGAGAAUCCUAAAAACUCGACUAAGUGUAGUAGCGAUGUUAGUUCAGGUCUUAGUAAAAGUGUUCCACCUUCUUAUAAACAGAAGUUUCUUCAGUUUUCUAGAGAUAAAUUGAGGUUUGGAAGUGGUGGAAAUAGGCUUACCAGAAGCAUAAAAAGGUCAUUUCAUUUUAGUCGUAGUUGGGAUAAGAAUAAGUCUGAGAAUCAAAGACGCACAAGUGAGCCUGCUGUUGAAAUACCAAGCAUUGUUGAUAAUGAUAAGGAGAAGUGUUCCAAGGAGGAAAGAGAUGAGGAUAUUGAAAAGAGUGAGGUGAUUGAAGAGACGUCUGAUGACAAAGAAAUUGCGAACAAUGACCGCAUACUCAAAACUGAAGAGAAAGGUGAAGUGAAAGAACCAUCUACCAUCGAACUAGAAGAAUGGGAAGCUUUCCUCAACUCCAAUAUUAGUGAAGUUAUGGAUGGGGAUGUGGAAUCACUGACACAACUUAAUAUGGUGUCGAUGGUGGUGGGCGUGGUGGGGCGCGCGUGCGGCGGGCGCGUGUGCGGCGCCGUGGCCGCGCUGCUGGCGCUGCCGGCGCUGGCGCACGGGCUGCCGCGACACACGCUGCUCAACAUACAGGACGUGUACUUAGAAGCGAAAGUCGUGUACAAUUUCGUGGCCGCUAUCAACACUCUUAUGAAGAACAGCGAUGACUCUGAUGACGGAGCGGAGGAUCGGCUACAAGGCGUAGCGCGCAUGGUGGAGGUGUGCGCGUGGCUGUGCGUGCGCUCGUGUCGCGCCGUGAGGCAGCUCGCGGCCGCACUCGCCGCGCAUAACGCGCACGCCGUCUUCACAACGCUACUGCGGCUUCAUUCUAAAACCCCCCGCAUAGUACUGAACAUCGUCGGUCUACUCAUCACAGUGCUGCAGGACUUACCGGAACACGCCGAUGUGGUUGAGAAGAUAUUAUUCGAUGACGUCACUUUUAACUUCAUGUGUCUACUAGAACAACCCAGCGACGCCCUCAGAAUGAGGGUCUGUAUUCUUAUAAGCUUGUUAUGUACGUUCUCCUGUACCGCAUUCUCCGUUGCCAUGGAAACCAAGUGGACUAGGAAGGAAAGUGACUGCUUAGAGGCGCUACAUAGUCACUGUAAUGUUACUUUGAAUAGAGCGGCUAGACUAGCUUCGAAAGAGGUAAGUAAUAUGCCUUUUUAUGUCAGCUAGUACAAAAUUUAUUGUGAUUUUUCAAAAUACUCUCAUUCCUUAGAUAUACAUUUUAUAUAAAUUAAAGUAUAACUUUUGUAGAGCCGUGGUAGCCCAGUUGGUAGAAUGCUUGCCUCUCACUUAGAGGUCGCAGGUUAGAAUGGCCUAAAUCGAAUUAAUAUUUGGAUCAUAAAUGAUUAUUACGUUCUGAGCGGUGAAGGAAAAUAUCGUGAGGAAACCCACAUUUCGCGAGAAAUUCAUUUUCGGAGUUAUGUGACCUAACCUAUUGGUUGGAAGAUCAGACAGGCAGUCGCUUCUGUAAAAAAAACGAUCCUGUCAAAUCUUCAGGUUAGGUAAGCAGACCCUGUGAAAAACGGGACAUUGCUAGGGAGAUGAUGAAAGUGUAACUUUUCAUAAACUUAAAUUUAAAUCAUAAAGUGAUCUCUUCCAGUAUAACUUUAUUUUAGUUCUAUAAGCAUUUUAAAGACUUUACAACGCUUCUUAUUUAGUAGCCAUUUGAGAUUGUUAUUCGUUGAUUUAAUUUUUAAGAAAUAAAAGACAGUAUUUUGUAAUUCAAAUUAUUGUUUUCUGUUUCUUAAAAUUAGAUUUGGGAAAGAAGACUGAAUAAGGGAAACAUCACAAUUAAUACAGGAAACUAUUUCAGUUGGCGAUAAAUGUUUUAACACUUUUAACGCCUUUUAAAAAACAAUGAUGCUAGAGUGAAGUGAGUUAAUACAACAAAUCUCACUGUAAGAUCUGACACAGUAAGGCGGUUGAUUAAUUUCUUUAAUCUACUCACGUGAAAAUACUAAAGAAUGAUCUGAAAUCCUUGUUUCAACAUCCUCAUCUAACGUCGGAGAUAUUAAUCGUUAAAGUCAGUGGUGGGGGAAUGCCCCGUCCUUUUCUAGCAAAACAGAAAAGGCUGGGGUAAAUUUGUAUGUAGCGGAUUGUAGCUUGUAUGGCACUAGGAACAAGCGACAUUACGCGUUCCUAUUGCCAUUUCUUUCUAACUCCGUGGUUUCAGAUGGCUAUAACUAUUUCACGAAUGUCGAUUCUGGGACCUUAUUUUUGAAUCGUACGCCCACUCACGUUCGAAAAUAUAUACCCAUUCCACGUAGCAAAUCAGAACUUGUCAUUUGCAAGAUGAGACAGGUAUACAGGGUGUUAGUGAUAUCGUAACGAAUACUAAGGGGAAUAAUGCACAUGAUUCUGAGUUGUUAGAGAUUACGAAAAUUCCACUUCAUAUCAGCUCAGAACCAUGGUCUGAAUCAUCCCUCAAAGUUUUCGUUACGAUAUCAAUAACAUCCUGUAUAUUUUUCAAAAAUAAGGCCCAUGUUUUCACCUUUGGCUAUCAAUCUAUGUUUAUUUUGGAACUGUAAUGGAAAACAUAUAGUUUUUUAUCUUUGUCAACUACCCUAUUUCUUACUACUUACUAAUACUACUGAAUUAUUAUGGGGAGGACCAUACUACUUACAUUUUUAUUAGAUUUCAAAUCUUAGUUAAGGUAAAAUAGAAUUAAAAUAGACAUCGAUAUUUGAACAAUAAUUUAAAUCAACGAAGAAUGUUUUUUUAUACAAACAGGUUUACUGCGUUUAUGUUAAAUCGAAUUCAAUUUUAUAUAAUAUAGUCUUAAGCUAAUUUGG